AUGGUCUCCUUAUACCUUGGGGGCCCACACCCCGCACUACGCAACUUGCUCCAAGCCGCAACGACGGCGGCGGCAGUGUGCUGGGCGAAGAUCUGGGGAGGUGCGAUGAACGAGCAGUCGCUGGAGCGUGUGGUGGCGACGUACGAGCGCCGCACGUUCGCGAUCUUCGGCGCCAACAGCCGCCAGAGCGAGCCCGGGCCGGCGCGAGCCGAGAAACCAAGCGGCGCGGGGCUCUGA